GCCGGUCAGGUUCGACGAAUCGAGCUCAUCCAGUGUCGUCGUCCUCCUCCUCCUCCUCCUCCUCCUCCUCACUCCGAGCCGAAAAACGUGCAAACGUUUCAGGGGAGGAAACCGUGGUGGACCGCAGUGUAUGUGGUUUUGCUGCAGCAGAUCCAAGGAGAGGAGCCUGUUUGCAUCUCACUGCAGGUGUUAGACAAUGGAGGUGAAAAUCGAUCAGCAGGACGAAGAUAUCUCAUUCAGCAACAGUGACACUAACGGUAAACGUCCAGCUGAAGACAUGGACGAGGAGCAGGCCUUUAAACGUUCACGCAACACAGACGAGAUGGUGGAGCUGCGCGUUCUGCUUCAAAGCAAAAAUGCUGGUGCUGUUAUUGGAAAAGGUGGAAAGAACAUAAAAGCUCUGCGCACUGACUACAAUGCCAGUGUAUCAGUCCCAGACAGCAGUGGCCCAGAGCGGAUCCUGAGUGUGAACGCUAGCAUUGACACCAUUGGAGACAUUCUUCUGAAAAUUAUACCAACUCUCGAGGAGUACCAACAUUACAGUGGGAUUGACUUUGACUCUGAGCUGCGCCUGCUGAUCCAUCAGAGCCUUGCAGGGGGCAUCAUUGGAGUGAAAGGUGCUAAGAUAAAGGAGCUAAGAGAGAACACCCAAACUACCAUCAAGUUGUUCCAAGAGUGCUGUCCUCACUCAACUGACAGAGUCGUGCUGGUGGGAGGAAAGCCAGAGCGUGUUAUUGAAUGUAUAAAAGUGAUCCUGGAGCUGGUGUCAGAGGCACCAAUCAAAGGUCGCGCCCAGCCUUAUGACCCCAACUUCUACGACGAGACGUAUGACUAUGGCGGCUUCACCGUGUUGUUUGAGGAAAGAGGCAGACGACCCAUCGGGGGCUUUCCCAUCCGUGUACGUGGAGGCUUUGAGCGAUUGCCGCCUGUUCGAGGCAGUAGACCUUUGCCUCCGUCCAGAAGGGACUAUGACGAUAUGAGCCCCCGCCGAGGACCUCCGCCACCGCUGAGCAGAGGUGGACGAGGGGGCAGCAGAGCCCGUAACCUGCCUCUUCCCCCACCACCGCUGCCAAGAGGAGGAGGAGACAGAUUCUCACACAGCAGCUAUCAUGGCAGUAUGGAUGACAGACCCAGUGACAGAAGAAGCAGAGGAGGAGACCGUUACGACAGUAUUAGUGGAGGCGGAUAUGACAACAAUUCUUCCUGGGAGCACUUCCAGUCUGGCGGACGAGGGUCGUACAGCGAUAUAGGAGGCCCGGUCAUCACAACACAAGUCACCAUCCCAAAAGAUCUGGCUGGCUCCAUCAUCGGGAAGGGCGGCCAAAGAAUCAAGCAGAUCCGCCACGAGUCUGGAGCAUCCAUCAAGAUUGAUGAACCACUAGAGGGCUCUGAGGACCGCAUCAUCACCAUAACAGGGACACAGGACCAGAUCCAGAACGCCCAGUACCUGCUGCAGAACAGCGUCAGGCAGUACUCGGGUCGAUUCUUCUAGGAAGACGAAAGAAAAGAAGACGAGUGAAGCCAUGCUGCGAAACUGUUUGCCAUUUCUAUUUAGAGCCUACAUUCCUGUGCUUUGGGUAGAUGUGCUCCUCCCCUUACUAUCAUGCACUGCAAGUGUAAUAAUAUACAUCGAAAGUUUUAUUUAAAGCAGCGCAUGACGUUCGUCACCAAUUUUUCACCAAAUCUGUAAAACCCGAGUGAUAGCCUAAGUUAGUCCUUCCGUGAUUAUGCACCUGAAUCACUUCCCUCAUGGUAAACAACUUCGAAGUGUGCUCCAUCAC